AUGUUCCUGUCCUCAGAUCCGGCAACAAAAGCGCCAGAUGGACAUGAUUCUGAUUGUGACGAUGGCAUCGAGGAGCAACAUUCUCUGACAACCAGACACCCCAGACCCAGAAGCCAGGAGCGUCGGCCCACCAGCGGAAGUAGUCUGACUCAGGCGUAUCAAAACAAUAUCCCGUCGGGAUGGCUAGAAGAGCAGGUUCAUCCUGGUUCACCAGAAGCGGACCCCAGCCGAAGCGCGGCGGUAAAACAGGAGGUCAUUCAAGACACAGCGGAAGUACCGCAGCAGCCACAGCAAGAGACCCGAUCGAAUGCCUUUCCGUCGCUAGGGAGAGAGACUCGGGAUCCAUUUGACACACAGAAUCUUCCGCCACACCUCGCAACCUUGUCCGAAUCUAUGACGAGGUAUCAACAUAAAUUAAAUGCCAUCCACAAUGCACUCAUGAGUCCUCGAAGGCAGCCUUCGUACAACUCGGACUUCUACCAAGCACUUCCACAUGGGCUGCCAUUUCUCCCGUCGCCGACUCAGGACCCAUGGCGGUCUGACAGCAAUCAUGGAGUUCCGUUCGAGGACCACAAUACUGCAACUGCAGGAGAAGCGAUGAGGACGGGAGCUUAUGUCGACAGAGAAGAUGAUCAGCGAUUCGAGUCAAAGCAUCCUCUUGAAGACCUUCAGGGCUAUUCGACCAACGAUCCCGGGGCACAGGAUAGCUUUCGGUUGCCGAGCCCUCUGGAGCACUCGCCGCCGGCCAUCAAAACCGAUCGGGCAGGAUCUGCAGAGACAGAGAAAGCAAUCGGCGAGCAUUCACCGGAUUACACCCAACAUGAGAACACACCCAACCUUUUGGUAGGAGCAGGAGAAUACCCAACCGACAACGCCUCACCGCAUGAAACAGACAUUUGUCAGUUUCGAGAGUGUGCCUUCCAUGGUACUUUGAGGCAGGCUCAGCCUGACCUUUCCCGAGAACGGCACAGCCUUGCCCAGGAACAAGUUCGAGCAACAUCAGAUGUGGACGAGCAGCCGCCUAUCUCUGCACAGGACCAAGUUUUGGAUCGCGACCUGGUGACGGCCGCGGAUGGCAACUUCACCGUCCCAAGAAACCUUAGCUGGGGCAUCAACAGCGACAGUAUCAGGAGAUUCGAGGCCGAGGUCCUACGAAAGAGGCCCGACAUGACACAGCAAGAGAGGAACGAAGCGUUACUGAUGUUCCACAUCCGGGAACAGGCGCGGCAGUCGGUCAACGGAGGGAGAGAACCGGGCCUAGAACCAGGGAACUCUCAGGUAACCUCGUGGCCUUCUUCCGAAAUGCCAGGGGCGCAAACAUCGGUUCCAACGUGCUCUUGCUCAAAGGGUGCACUGUGCACAUGUUCUUCGGGCUCCUGCAGAUGUGGCACGGAUGGCCCUGGCCCUGCGGUUUCGCCGAUCAGCCGGAAAGCAACGAGUACCAGCUCGGGACCGUCCAAGGCUGCUGUUCCAGGUUCACCACUCCGUCCUCUGUCUAACAAGACGGAUGAUCAUCAAACAGGACAGAGAUUGAUCAGCCGGCCAGACACGCCUCGGCCACUUCCCGAGUCAGGCCCGUCGACGCCUUUCUCGCUCCAAGCCCUCCGGCACUCCAUUCGACAGAGUGUCGAACCAGAGUUGCCGCAUCCAAAUUGGCAGCGUGAAUCAACGCCUGGCUAUGAAGAUCGCUCAGCCACCCCGUCGCCAUUGUCUAGACAGGGCGUGGACGUCAACGCCGACGUCGACAUGCCAGACGCUCCGGAUGGAUUGGCACAAGUAACGUUGGGACGACAGGCUUCUCUGCCUCCAUCGAUGCCGCACCCGGGACGCAGUCGAUCUCAGUCUCCAGAUAAGCCGGCCACGCCGAUACGGAACCCGAACCCGCUCCCUCCCGUGCCUCCCAUCCCGGGAAGUGGAAGUCCUCUGAAGCAGCCCAAACGCGCGGAUCGAAGGAAAUCUGCAGCCGCAGCCGCAGUCCAGGGUGCUAAAGUCGACAAGAGAUCGGUGACGGCGACGGCGACAGCAAGACUAGGCGCUUCGAAACCGAAGAGCAGAAACGUGACUCGAAAAGCCACGGCGUCUGUGGGUAGACUGGUCGAACAGGCUAAGGCCGAGAAAAUGGACAAGGCUGCGGCCGCUGCGGCGGGCGAUCGAGACUGUGAUGCCGAGAAGACGAAGCCCACGGCGGGUAGCAAGGUCGCGGCGGCAGUUGAGAAGAUCGAGCAGCAGGUCCGCGACCGCGAGCAGGAGGAAACGGGAAAGAAUGUCAUUCUCAAGCAGAAGGAUGGGACGCCAGUCCGCAGAAGCCAGCGGGCGAACAAGGGGACGAGGAUGUCGCUGGAUUGA